AAAAAAACAAAAAGAAACCCUACCGAACCCGAAAUGACGCUCUCGUUCUGACUUGUUUCUUCCGCUCCGGCUUCACCAACAUUGCUCAGUUCCCUCUCCUCUUACUUACUUCACUCUCCUCCGGUCACCAAAUUCUCGACGAGAUCGGCUACGGCGUCAGCGCCGUCGUCUACAAAGCCUUUUCUCCUCGUUCUAAGAGAUGAAACUUUUUCAAUUUGCUCUGCGGUCUCUCCAUGAUGGUGUAUCAUGCCGGUUUCAUCAUGCGCACAGCGUGAGAACUCUUUCCACAUAUGCACCCCCAGGUGGUAGAAUGGAUGAUAAGCAAAACUCUAAUUCCUUUGAAUCUGCUGAUGAUUUUGAGGCGAGGAUUUUCAGGGAUACUCCCGAAGGGAAUCCCAAAAGAGAUGCCUUUUUUACUAUACUUGAUAGGCUUGAGAAGACUAGUGAUGGAUAUGCUUCGAAUCAGCCUGGAGAAAAUCAAGGUGGUUCCCAUGUACUUGACGGCUUGGAUGAAAGUUUUAACACAUUGUCAGAUGGAAUGGAUAAAAAAUUAAAGAGAGCAGCCACAUACUUUCAAUAUGAUUUGGAGGAAUGUAAAACAGACGGAUAUAUCUUCAGACCUGAUGCAAAUUAUUUUGACGGAGGGACUUAUGAGCCUAAAGAUCUUGAUCUUACUAAGCCUGCAUAUCGUCAACCUCGCAGAAGGAAUGAGUUUGAAGUAACUACAGAGGAAGUUCUUCGAAAAGCCGAUUUCAGGAAUGUGAGAUUCCUUGCAAAUUUCAUAACUGAGGCUGGAGUCCUUAAAAAAAGAAGCCAGACUAAAAUUAGUGCCAAAGCCCAGAGAAAGAUUGCGAGAGAAAUUAAGACAGCUCGAGCUUUCGGUUUAAUGCCUUUCACAACUAUGGGGAUGAAAUCAUUUGUAUUUGGAAAGACUAUGGAAAAUCUUGAUGCCGACUUUGAGUAUGAAAGUUAUGAUAACCCUACUGCUGAUGAUGGUCUUGGAUACAUGUAGUUGACAGUGCAGCUACAAACCGGCUCCUACUGUGGAAGAGUACACAAAGAAGAGAGUAAUGAUGUGAAAUAUGGUACUUGGUAAGCUGAAUCCCACUGUGCCUGUGACUCCAUGUUUUUGUUAUUAUGUAGGUUAUCAGUUUUCAUUCUAGCUUGGGAAUUCACAGCCAAUACCAUUUUCCGAGUAUGUCAAGCACUUCUUUUUUCCCGUUACCUAGCAUAUGCCUGGAUUAGAGUAAUACCAGUUUGCUGAACUAAGAUGAAUAAAAGUAAUGACAGAGUCAAAGAGCAUUUCUUUGGUUCUAGGGUUGAAAUCCAUAUCUGAGUUAGAAUGCAUGAACUUUUCCCCCUUGCUUUUCAAAUUCCAGUCAUUUUGGAUAAUUAAGUUAUCUGAGAUUGUGCCGAGAAAUGAACGAGUUUUACAGUUAAUAUAAAGUUUAAGAUUGUUAAGACCAUGUAAGGUUAACCGUUAACGUGUUGGACCGAUUAUGUGACAUGAAUAUUUCUUUUUCCUUAAUAGAU